GGGACUGAGUCUUCCGGGUCAGAAACUGGACUGAGAGGAAAUUAACUCAAGAGAAAAAAAAUACAGAAUCAAAACCAAUAUAGAGAUGUAACCACUAGAGAGUGUAGAUAAUAUUCACAUUACAACAUUCCAAAGGGAGGAGGUACGGAAAGCACCGAAACUAGGAUAGCGAGUAACAGAAAGCGCGGAACAGCUGGGGUUUCAUUUGGUGUUAGUCUCAGCUGACUGCCUGUGAGUAGUUUUACCACCCCCCCGCAAAAAAAAAAAAAAAAAAAAAAGAGUUUUAUUUUUUGCUUGCUGCUGCGUCUUCUGCUGAAGUAGUUUGUUGAAGCCACUGCCUGUUACAACAAGCGCUUCGUUUGGUUUGAAUGGUUUCUCAAUUGGAACUGUGGAAGCAGUCGAAUUGUUGUUGUUUGGUUUGGGAUUUUUCAUUUUGAAAUUUGGAUCCUCCGCGUGAUGUUCCAUUGCAUUCCCCUGUGGCGGUGUAACCGCCAAGUCGAAUCGAUCGAUAAGAGGCACUGCUCGCUGCUGUCUGUACCCGAUGAAGUCUACAGACACAGCCGCAGCUUGGAAGAACUAUUGCUGGACGCAAAUCAGUUGCGGGACCUGCCCAAGCCAUUUUUCCAGUUAAUAAAGUUACGCAAACUUGGACUAAGUGACAAUGAUAUCCAGCGACUCCCUCCAGAAAUAGCCAACUUUAUGCAACUAGUUGAGCUUGAUGUAUCUAGGAAUGAUAUUAUGGAUAUUCCAGAAAGCAUUUCAUACUGUAAAGCUCUUCAAGUGGCAGAUUUUAGCGGUAACCCCUUAACAAGGUUGCCCGAGAGUUUCCCAGAAUUAAGGAAUUUAACCUGUCUCUCCAUCAAUGACAUCUCAUUGCAAGCUCUUCCCGAUAACAUUGGAAACCUUUGUAAUUUAAUUUCUCUGGAAUUAAGGGAGAACCUGCUGACAUAUUUACCAGAGUCACUGGCCCAACUUCACAAACUAGAAGAACUUGAUCUAGGGAACAAUGAGCUUUAUCACUUGCCAGAAGUAAUUGGCUCACUUUUAAACCUGAAGGAUCUCUGGCUGGAUGGAAACCAACUGGCAGAUUUGCCUAUGGAGAUUGGAGGUAUGAAUAACCUGCUGUGUUUGGAUGUGUCUGAGAAUAAACUGGAAAGGUUACCCGAAGAGAUCAGUGGGCUCUGCUCCCUGACUGACCUCCUCGUAUCCCAGAAUCUAUUGGAUGUGUUGCCAGAUGGUAUUGGUAAAAUAAAGCAGCUCUCAAUCCUAAAGGUUGACCAGAACCGGCUAACACACCUGCCUGAAAGUAUUGGAGAGUGUGAGAACCUCACUGAACUUGUACUCACUGAUAACCAGCUUCUCCGUUUGCCAAGAAGUAUUGGGAAACUUUGGAAAAUGUCAAAUUUCAAUUGUGACCGAAAUAGAUUAAUGACUUUACCAAAAGAGAUUGGUGGAUGCACUAGUCUUAACGUCUUCUGUGUACGAGAAAACCGAUUAGCACGAAUUCCUGCCGAGAUUUCCCAGGCCACUGAAUUGCACGUGCUUGAUGUUGCUGGGAACAGGUUGAUGUAUUUACCAAUGUCCCUUACAACUCUAAAACUGAAGGCCCUUUGGCUGUCUGAAAACCAGUCCCAGCCGCUGCUUACGUUCCAAACAGACGUGGAUAUUGAAACAGGAGAAAAGGUUCUGACCUGCGUGUUACUUCCUCAGAUGCCUUCCAAACCAGAGAGCCAAGAUAACUUGGCUUGCUGUGGCGAAAUUGACAGCUUGGUUAACGAGACGUCGGAUGAGGCGUGGAACGAUCGGGUGGUGAACAGAAUCAGUGCCAUUCGGUUUCAGGAGGAGGAGAAGGAUGAUGAGAAUGAUGAGGGGAAGGCAACCCUUUUGAGGAGAGCCACUCCACACCCCGGGGAGCUGAAGACCAUGAAGAAAACUGCAGAAAAUUUACGGAAUGACAUGAAUGCAGCUAAAGGGCUGGAUUCCAACAAAAACAAGGUCAAUAAUGCUAUUGACAGAGUGACCACUUCCGUGUAAAGCUUUUCCUCAAACAUUUACCACCUUGUCUCCCCUGACUGUUAUCACCUUCACCUGGGAUCCUGCCUGGACCCUUCUUAUCCAGUACCUAAUUUCAUCUCCAGAUAAUAGUAAGAUGGUAUCUGGCCCUGCUAACUGGGAGAAUGUGCCUUGUUUUCAUCCAGUCUUUGCAGCAUUACUCUGCACAAAUAUUUAAGAAUUUGAAACCGUGCUAUUUAUAUAGG